AUGGCGGCUAUAGCGGCGGCGCGGGACGGGUCUUUUCGGGCUCUGGAUGAGGCCUCCCUGGCAGAGUACGUCCGGGGGACGCCGGUGAUUCGAGAACUGCUGGGAGGUGGUUCGGAGAUCGGGGAGCUCAGCAUAAUGGAGGUCGGAGAUGGCAACCUCAACUUCGUCUACAUCGUGGUUGGCCCUUUCGGGUCGGUCGUCAUCAAGCAGGUCCUCCCUCCCGUCCUUCGUGUUCGUAUUCUUCUUCCUGUUUCACUGCUUUAGCUCCCUCGUUUCCUGCCAAUCUUUGAACCUCACCUGACACUAUACGCUGCUUCCUACUGUCUGAUAUCACGCGUCUUAUUGUGUUUAUUUCUACUGCCUUUCUUUGCUCUUCUUUAUUUGUAUUUUUUACCGUACAAUCAGGCGCUUGGGAGUAAACAUGGUGGAGUAAACAUGGUGGUGUUCGAGGCGCUUGGUGUGGACGAUGAAAAGUUAGUGCGAACGAGUGGUCAUCAUUUCGGUUGACCAUUCAGGCCUGUGACAAUUUGAUGAUACAGAUUAUAUGGAGGUCUGCUCUUAUUGAUGCAUGUGAAUGAUGACAAUAUCAUGAGCCUCAGAACCGAUCAAGGAAGAAUUUGAUUAUUGAUUUUGUCAUCCCAUGCCCACUGUCAGAGCUGUGCAAUGUAGGUUGAGAAUGUACUAGCACCUAUAUUGAUACUAGGCGACCUAGCUGAGGAUGGUGAUUUAACGCUUGGAAAGACACAAAAGCACUGUCCAAAGGAAGUUUUUACAUAUCGAGGUCCAUAGGGGAACAAACUUGCAGUGAGGUGACAUUGUUGGCUUAGUCAUCAUCUCAGUGUGCUAAAACAUGAGAGUGGGAAAGAGCAGAAUUGGGUUGAUGAAGCAAAUAUUUUCAUAGGCUUGAAUUGAGUGGACAGGAGGAAAAUUCUCAACGAGGUUACUUUCCAGGAACUCGUUGCCAGCUUCUUGAUUGAACUCCAAGCACUACCCCAAUUUCUUCCUUUCUAGAAGACAACCCUCAUGCAAGGCUUGAUAGUACAUCAACGAGAGAGACAAUGGUGAAAGCAAGGAGUUACGUAUUGACUUGAUGUUUCAGAGAGGGGUACUAGAGAUCAUGCUUGCAUCUUCACAGCCUUUAGAAUAAGAUUAUUAGUUUGCGUUAUUUUGAGCUACCAUGGGGACUUUUAGAGCUCAGAACCUAGAUACAUUUUGUCUUCCUUUCUUUUUUUUUAUUGAAUACAUCGUAAUACCCUGACUCAAAAGAAAAGUUAUCUGUCUUUAACUGUCAUUCCAUUUUGAUUUUCGAUUAAAUGCAAUGAUGUUCUGCAUUUUUCUUCUUCUUGUUUGUCUUAAUUGUACAUGUUAGAGUACUUGUGUACUAUUGGCUAUUCAAAUUUUGGGCAAUCCAUUGUUCUUUAAUGGAUGCUUUUUCAUGAGUAAUUCUCCUCAAUUUUGUUUUGCAUGUCUUUGGUACAGGCUCUACCUUACAUCCGUUGUGUAGGUGAAUCCUGGCCAAUGACAAAAGACCGGGCAUACUUUGAGAUGCUAGCACUGAAAGAGCAGGGUAGAUACUGCCCAGGUCAUGUUCCUGAAGUGUACCAUUUUGAUCAGACAAUGUCUUUGAUUGCCAUGCGCUACCUGAAGCCUCCACACAUCAUUCUUAGGAAAGGAUUAAUUGCUGGAAUUGAAUAUCCCUUGCUUGCUGAGCAUAUGUCAGAUUUUAUGGCGAAAACACUAUUCUUUACAUCUCUUCUUUAUCAUUCUACAACAGAGCACAGACGUGCAGGUAAAUGGUUCCUUGCAAUUCGUCACUGGAAUAUUACUUCAUAUUCCUUCAUAUUCCCUCACAGACCAUGUGCAGAACAGACACCAUCUAUGAUUUAAGUCUGUUUGGUGCGCCAUUUGUACAUUUAAUUACCAUCUUGAUGCAGUUCUCCUCCCUAUCUUACGUUGCUUAUAUGAUUCUCUCUAGCUCAUCAUUCCUUUUCCCUUUGUCGGCAGAAAUAUCAUAACAUAUUGAUGAGACAUAUUGUGACGUCAAACUUUUUCAUGAGCAUCCAUAUAGUUUUUCUGUUGAUACAAUAAACAUUUCUGGAUAAAAACAUAUCCUUGUGAUAGUAAACACAAACUAUAGGAACCUAAAAGAGAAAUGUUUUAUUGUUCGCUGGAAGAUAAAGCCACAGUCCAAAAUUUUCUCCUGUAGUUUAUUUUCCAUUAAAUCAACAACUGAAAUUUCCUUUAGCGGGGUGGGUUGGGGGCAGGCAUUUUGGUGGGAUUCAACACAAUGAUAUCAAAGAAAAUAUUCCAUUUUACAGUAGGAACAGGUGUAGAGAGAAAUAGAUCACAUUUUUUGAACAGACGUGAGCACAUUGACUCAAUUCGAAUGGAAUCGUCCUUGAUCAGAAAUAGGUUGUUUCGGGGUUUUUAAAAAGCAUGUCAUUGAAGUAGUAAUAAGUAAUAGAUUGAUGCUGAUUUUUUUUUCUGUUCUUUCUUACACUGGGGGGGGUGGGUGGGGGGUGAUCCCUCUUAGGAAUUACGUCUCAUGACCCAAUACUAUUUCAGUGCAAAAGGCUUUGAGUUAUGGCAAAGGCAUGGAACCGCAACAAUGCAAUGCAUCAUAUUAAAGAGGGAGAUACCAUCAAGUGCAUUCAGAACAAAAGAAUACCAUAAAAGUAAAUAUAGUCAGUGGGAAAUGUGAAUAACAAAAUCACAAUAUAGUUAGUCAGACCUAACCGAGUAAAUAUGCAUCAUUUCAAAUCAGGGUUAUCAGUUGGGUUACUUUGUCCUCAGAAUCAGAAUCGCAUCAGUUCCUUUCUUUCACGCUGAGAAGCAUAGAUGGAGAUCAUUUUUUUGGCUCUAAAAGCAUAGAUUCAUUAUAUCUUUUGAUGAUAGAAAUAGAGAUAGAGUGAAUUAUUUGGACAGCGGAGGUUGAGGUAUACUGAAGCAUUUUGACUUGCAGAUUCUCAGUGCUUUUCGGUAACCUAUGGGAAUGCAUAAAGAAUUAAUGGAGACAAGUUGUGAAAACGGUCCCUAUUGUAUGAUUGUGAACAUAGAGAAAAUUAUCGCCAAUUCAAAUUGAGUCCAAUAGAGAAAAUUAAUAUGAGACUGUUUUCUUUGUAUUGAUACAGAUAGAACUCUUUUUCACAACUAGAAUGAUGAGCAACAUAUUAUUAUUGAUAACAGGGCAUUAUUUGGGAUUUUUUUAGAAAAGUAAUCCGAUGCAUAUUUUCGAAACUUGGCCCUGAAAAUUCGAGAAAGCAUUUGAUUACAGGCCUAACAAGGAAGAUUACUGACGAUCUUGCAGCUUAAAAUGACUAUAUAUUCUGGGAGAAGGAAAUUUAGGGGGACAUCUCAGUGAUUUAUGACUCGAUUCAAGAAGUAGAAAAAUGAACGGAGUACAAUAGCAAUAAAGGUGGAAACGUUAUGCUCUUUCUUUCCUAAUUCUAGACAUGUCUCUUCUUUAAGUUCUUUUUUCAUUUCGUGGUAAGCCGUAAGAAAAGAUUAGUUAUCUAUGUUCUUUUCUAUUGCUACAAAAUUAAUGCAGAAUACUUCGAUUUUAUGUUUCCAGAUAAGUGCAAUCUGGAGUAAUGGGUUUGAAUUGCUCAGGAGGAAAUCAUGAUGUUUCAAUCAAGCUUCAUACCCCUACUCAUUAAGGAAUAACGGAGGACAUGGGCUAUGCUCUCAUUUUUCUCUUUCAAUCCACUUUUCUUCUCAAUGCCCUAGCUAAGUGUUAUGGGGGGUUGAGCUUCAAAAUCAGAUUCCAAAAUUUAUUCCUCAACCGGUCACCACGAAUUGCACACUAUACCCUCUCAGAGCUUGUGGCACUGCAGCCAUCCAAUCCCCAAGCAAGAAUCUUUGUUCCGUUUAAACUUCCCUCCUUUCUUUGCGCACUAUACCCUCCCUCUCUCCGUUUCUGGUUGCUUCUGCUUUCCUCCAGUGCCCCCCCUCUCCGACUGUUGAUCACCUUAGCUGGUGUGGCCCAGGUAUUCAUCACCACUUGCACAUCUGCUCCUUGGUAGCCCCUCCCUGCCCUUGAUGAAGAAAAUGCCCAUCCCUAACCCACCGGUCCAGUUAAAUCCCUGGUAAUAAUGCCUUUCAUGGUUAUUUAUGAUACCCCCUGUCAAGGAAGAAAAGCAGGUUCCUAACCCAACAUCUUCUCUCCCCACGCCAUCUUUAAGUAGUCGUUUUCAGUACAAAUUAAAAUUUAAAGAGGCACCAGGUGCCCCUGUAAUAUUUUGAAAAAAUGCAGGAAGUAACUUCCAGAAUAAUAACUAUGAUGAUACCUUGAAUGGAACAUCUUCUUUGCUACCUCGAACCGACUUAAUCAAACAAUUUCGCUGAAACAUUUUAUCUGUACUUCCAAUGUGUUUUAUAUAUUUGAACUCCAUUAUUGCUCUCACAUUAUUAUCCGCGUUUUCAUUUUUUUCUAAUUAGCAAGAGUGGCGUUAAUUCCCGUUUGAUAAUUGUUUAUAGUUGACAGUGACGUUGUUUGUACUUUCAGUGGCAGAAUUUUGCGGAAAUGUGGAACUCUGCAGACUCACUGAGCAGGUUGUCUUCUCAGACCCAUACAAGGUGGCUCCACACAACCGUUGGACAUCUCCUUAUCUGGAUGAGGACGCACAAGCCAUCCGAGAGGAUGACAUUCUAAAGUUGGAGGUUGCUGGGUUGAAAUCCAUGUAUACAUGUUUCAUCCAUCACCAUGUGUUCUAUGUUGCAGCUUUUGUUGUGCUUUGAAACUAUUAUAUCGCAUUUAUUUAGUCUUGCUUGUGGGCAGGUUCUGUGAGAGAGCCCAAGCCUUAAUUCAUGGAGAUCUCCAUACAGGCUCUAUCAUGGUGACUAGUGAUUCAACACAGGUUAUAGAUCCAGAGUUUGCUUUUUAUGGACCAAUGGGCUUUGACAUUGGUGCAUUCCUGGGAAAUUUGAUUUUGGGUUUCUUUGCACAAGAUGGGCAUGCUAAUGAAGAUAGUAAUCGAGAGGUAUUAAGCAAGUUUUUAUUUUUUCCUGUUUAUUUAUUUCUCAUGAUACCUUAGUUAUUGUAGGAAGUAUUUUAUAGUCUGCAAUAUCCUUUGUCUAGUUGACUAACAAAGUGUGAUAUGAUGUCAUUCUUCCCAGUUCCCCGCCAAGUAAGGCUGUCUUCUUGCUAGCUUCAUGUUCGUACUCUUAUAUCUGUGAAAUUGAGAGAAAAUGCUCGAUAAUAAGAAGGGGGAAAUCCGAUCUAAAAUAGAGGAGAAGAGAUUGACAGGGCAUGGUUUCCAGAGAGGAAACCCUAGAAUGUUUCUAAGGGGCGAGUUCGAGAGCAACCCCAGCUCUCCCAGCUGAAUUCUUCCAAAUGUGUCCCCCAUUAACCCCUAAGGUUCCUCUUGCCCAUCCCCUUUGCGAACUCUUGCCCCGUUUACCACUGGGCCCUCCCGUAACUUAUCCUCCCCUUUAUGUCCGUAAGUUGCCCAGAUAAUGGGCUUGGUAGUGGGCCUAACAUCUUAUUAUUGUUUCCUAAUUUCAUUCACAUUUCUUCAAUCCUAGAAUAAUUGCAUGAGCUAUGAUAAUUAUGACAGUAAUUUCUCUGAUUGUGGUGAAUCAUACCUGUUGGAAUGGAAAUUAUGUGUUUCUUCGUCCCUUUUUGUGGAUUAUUUUAGAGCACAACUUGGCAUCUAUGUAGCUCUUUAAAAACGAAGAUGUGACCAGUCCAUGGAUGUAGACAGGUGACUUAGCCUAACAGGAUUUGUCCAUAUUCACAGAUCAUCAUGCACUUUGUAAUGAAAUUUGUUUGUGCUAUAAAUUACUUUCAUGAUUGUUGUUUUGUUGUGAGUCUGAGUUAAACUUUGCAGUGAUACUUGUUAUAUUUAGGACAAUGAUGUUAAGCAUUACGAUCAGAGUCACAUUACUGUAGUUUCUUCUAGGUAGUUCAUGGUGCUUGGACAUCGGGGGUUUCAUAUUCUUGCUCGUCUUAAGAAUUGUCCUUCGUUUUCUUUUCUUUCACUGUGAAAGCUGUGCACCAUUUCCAUUGAUUGAGCGUGUUCCCUUCCAUUGUUUUGAUCCAUGGUGCCUCCAUUAUGGAUUGCAGUUUAUGCAUAAAAGCAAUGCAAGAAGAAACUUGCAUCUUUGCAUUAUGUAGAUGGUACAACUGUUGAUAUGAAUUACAAAUUUCACUUGAACCGUUUUCUAUGCAGCAAUAUAAAAAUUGGAUUUUAAAGACCGUUGAGGAUACAUGGAAUCUUUUUCACAAGAAGUUUAUUUCACAUUGGAAUGAGCACAAAGAUGGCUCUGGUGAAGCAUACCCUUCACCAAUAUACAGUAAAGCGGAACUUCUGCAGCAGGUUCAGAGCAUCUACUUGGAAGAUUUAUUUCAUGAUAGCCUCGGAUUCGGUGCUGCAAAAAUGAUAAGGUGUUAUUCUUUUUCUUAAACUCGAUCUGGCUCCGUGGUUCCUCCUCAAUAUCAAUUGAAUGUGCUUUACUUCAAGCCCUUCUUCCUCUUUCCUUUCCCGGUUGUUAGUAGAUACCUGAUAUGCAGGAUGGCGUCUAGGUCACUUAGCUAGCUGGGUUCUUUUCGAAGGGAUCUGGGAUCUUGAGGAGCGAAUCGUCACUCACUUAAUCUUUUUCUUUGCAAAGCCAUAGGCACAUAGAAGCAACGUUGAUCCAACCCUGGGUUUAUUUUGAUGGAUAUCCUCGACGAAUUGGGAGUGGUGGUAUACUUAUUAUGCCUAUUUGCACUUCAUAAUUGUUAUCUGUUUCACUUGACUAGCAGGCAUAAGUCCGUCUGUCUGAUGUUUUCACUCUUCCAUGGAAAAUGCCUUUAAUCGAUCAAUCAUCAUCAUCAUCAUCAUGGAGAAUUGUAUCAAUGUUCGUUUUAGUGAGUUUCACCUGUUCUGGAAAAUGCCCAAGAAAAUUGGUCGGACUCAGUUUGCAUGCUAAUGUGGCCAAAGCAGAUGAGAUGCUAUUACCGCGCUGUUCUGAGUAAAAAAAGGCCCCAUCUUCUCUGUUCUGUGAAAAUAUGAGGAUCUUUCCAGCUUGGAAAUUCUUCAGUUAUUUGUUCCAUUUGAUAGUGGUGGGAAAAUCGAAGUGGGGGUAGUGUGGAGAUGGACUCAGAGCUUUAGUUUCCCAGGAAGAAGAAGGCCUCUGCCGUGACCAGGCAAGGCAGGUCGCGUUAUGUGGCUGUUGUUGUGUAGCUUUCGGCUCAUGCGCAUAUCUGUUGUGGCCUGCAGGAGAAUAGUGGGCAUUGCCCAUGUGGAGGAUCUUGAAUCGAUCACCGACACCAGCAGACGAGCACAUUGCGAGCGCCGGGCCCUAGAGUUUGCGAAGACGCUUCUCAAGGAAAGACGGCAAUUCCGUACCAUUGAAGAGGUCACUGCAGCAGCCCUUGCAUCUGUCUGA